CGCUGGCAGUUGAGCGGUGUACGUGAACGUGAGUGGACGUUAUUGCCACGCCGAAUUGUAGUCGUUUAUUCGUGCAUUCGUGCAGAUACAAAACGUAUCGGCGACCGUGUUUAGUUUCUCGUGCGUGUGACGACGCCAGCGACGAAUAGGCAGUAAGCGGCCGUCGUAACGUGUAUAUGAAGUGUAUGGUGAAUACAAACAUACAUGCAUACAGCGAAGUGAAUUUGUGAGUGAGUGUGUGUAAAUUGGUCGUUUUCGAUCUCAUAAUUCGAGGGUGAAAAGCGAAAAACUUGUUUGUAAUAUAAUUGCGGACGAACGGAAGAGGUAGUAAGAACGCUGCUACAACACACACAGUCAUACAUACGAACGCAAACAUAAUUGUAUGUGUGCGUUAAAGCGUAAAAGCCGUCGUGGCAAACAAAUUGCAACAAAAAUCGACAAAUUUGUUAACAGUUUUAUGCCAACCGCGUCUGUUGCACGGCAAGGCGGCAAGAAAUCAAAUUGCAAAACAAAUAAAAAAACAGCACAGAAAAAAAUACCAACGAACACAACUUACGCGCAAGAAAUAGAAGAAAUAAAUAAGAACAAAAAAAUUGUGAAGUUUCUUAGCUGUGCCCGUUACACGAGUCAGCUAUUUGUUUUAAAAUUUUCUCUUCGGUGUGUGCGUUUUCUUCUCAACAACUCAAAGCGCGCUGCAGCAACAUCAUUAAAAAGUUUGCCAUUCAAACGCAGAAACAACAGCAAAACAUUACAACAAAAACAACGGUAACAACAAAAACAUGCUGUGCCUGUAAAACAAGCACCCUUCAAUAGGCAUCAAACAACACGCGCGUAACUUCGGGCAUUGCGGCAUAACCAGACGCUAGAAAAAAUUGUAUCAACACACAUGUACAUACAUACAUAUGUAUGUAUAGAAGGUGCUAUAUCAAUCUUACUUAGGGUUGCAAAAACCUGACCAACUCCGCUGCAUUGUAUAUUCAUUUGGCGCGUCCGCACCCACUCGUGCGAAAUCAGCGACAAGCUGCUGCCGACAGGCGUACUGCAACUCCAUCUACGCAACAUCAGCUGUUGGGGUGUUGUGUUUUUGUACGUGCUGUUAUCCGACCAGCGCUGCCCUGCUGCAUUUUGUGGAUAAUUAGUUGUCUAAAUCAGCUGUGAUAAUGUAAUAAAUUUCCAAUGCUGACAAGUAGAUGGUGCUAAGUCAGAGUCGCACAGAGAGUUUUCGCGUAGUUUAGAUUCAAAUCACCUUGGAGACGAGAUUAACCGUGUGAUUCUGUACUGUGAUACUGUCUCAAGUCUCUAAAUUUGAGAUUUUGAGUUAGAGACAAUUUUUGAGACUUGAGACGAUUUUGCUAUUCUUUCUUCCGAUAUGCAGUAAAGUUCAAGAAUUGGUACUCAUUGAGCGCUUGAGCAGUGAAGCACUUAUAAUUUCAUGGCUUCAGUGUGCCUUUUGUUCGUUUAAAUUCACACCAAGGUUUUCCAAUAGAAUAAAGCGGAUUGCAAAAAAAUAAUAUGCGUGUUGAAAAUUGUGGUCGCAUAUGUAAAAUAAAUAAGUGCAACGACAACAAAAACAAUAAUAAUACAAUAACAACAGUUAAAUGCUGUAAUAAGUUUUAUAACAAAAGCAAUAAUAAUAGUAACAAUAACGGUCAAAAUAGUAACAAAAACCCGUAACCACUUCAUAAGUGCAGCUGUGGCACGCCACUUGGUAGCAAACGACCGGCAACCAUUAAACAAAGUGCCAAUAAAAAGUUUAAACCUAUCAAAUAACCAAUCAUUAAAACACACUUAUGCACGCACGCAUACAAUUAAUUGCGUAAUUGGAGAGACCACUAAUAAAAAUACAGACAAAUUAAGGCUUAUGUAAAAAAGUUGUAAACCGGGCCAACUCUUCGAAUGAAGUUUCGUAAUAAACGAAAUACGAGUCGAAGCGCUUGACGUAAGCCAACAAUAACGCACAACAAUAGAACGUAUGUUAACUAAUAACCGAUACAAACUAAGUAAAUCUCAAAGAACGAAUUCGAAAAUGUCGGUGAGAAAAUCACAAAACCGGUUUAGUGCUGCAACAGCUCCUUACCAACAGCGAGUGCAUAUGUACACACUCCUGAGUUGCCUGUGCGCACUCUCGACAUUAGUGCCGCCCACAAAUGCGUUGGCGAAUUGCCCCAGCAGCUGUCAGUGUGACGAUGACACUUUGGUGGUGAAGUGCGGUGAAGGCGCACUCGAUGUGCUGCCAAUAACACUGAAUCCCUUCAUACAACGCUUGGUGAUACAAAGCAAUAAAAUCAAGACCAUAGACUCAUCGCUGCAAUUCUAUGCGGAGCUUUUGUUCCUGGACCUCUCCUACAAUGACUUGGUCACACUGCCGAUGCGCACAUUCCAAUUUCAACGCAAGCUGCAAGAGCUGCAUUUGAAUCACAAUAAAAUCGGUCAGAUCAGCAAUAUGACAUUUGUGGGCUUGGCCGCAUUAACGGUGCUGAAUUUGCGUGGGAAUCUCCUGGCCGAGCUCGAACAGGGAACCUUUGCGAAAAUGUCCAAACUGGCGGAAUUAAAUUUGGGACAAAAUCGUAUUAAUCGUAUCGAUCCGCACGCAUUUGAUGGUUUGGUGAAUCUACGUACACUCUAUCUCGAUGAUAAUACAUUGACAACAGUACCGGCGCCUAGCAUAUUCCAAGCAAUGCCUAAUUUAGCUGAGCUUUAUUUGGGCACCAACUCAUUUACGUCUAUACAAGCGAAAGCUUUUAUAGAUCUCAAAGGGUUAACACGCUUGGACUUACGGGGUGCUGGUCUGCAUAACAUCUCCGCCGAGGCAUUGAAAGGUCUGGAGGGCUUGCGGUACUUAGAUCUGGCUGACAAUCGCCUACACGUUGUACCGACAAAUGCGCUGAGCCACUUGGAGAGACUAGAGGAACUUUUGUUGGGACAGAAUGAUUUUGAGGUGAUUGGCAGCGGCGCCUUCGGUGGACUGACACAGUUACGUAAACUGGAAAUUACAGGCGCCCAGCGGUUGCGUAGCGUGCAAAAUGGCGCUUUUAGCGCCAACACCAAUCUGGAACAUUUGAAUCUAUCAUCCAACAAGAUGUUGCAGGAAGUGCAAGAGAACGCUUUGGGAGGACUGCCACACCUGCGUCACGUCAUACUCAAAGAAAAUGACUUGCACACGAUUGCUGAGGGACUCGUACCAUGGACCGAUCUACAAACACUCGAUCUCUCCGACAAUCCGAUCGUCUGCGAUUGUCAAGUAUUGUGGCUGCGUAAUUUGCUCGUAUCGAAGAACUCUACCACCGACAGGCUCAUCGACGUGAUGUGCGUUUACCCGGAACCCAUGCGUAAAGAGCCACUAGCGCAACUAUCGCCGGCCAUGCUAGGCUGCUCACAUAGUGACACAAAGCAACAGGCCAUGAUCAUAGUGGUGGUUGUUGUUACAACAGCCAUCAUAACCGGUUUGUCGUUGCUGAUUUAUGGCUGUCGGCGACGCAUACGUGAAACACUGAAAGGCGGUUGGGGCAACUCGGCAUUGGGACGUAAGGAGCGCGAAUACCAGAAGACUUGCUCAGAUGAAGAGUACAUGACGCGGCAGCAACACCCUUGCAGCCUCAGCAUACAACCAACAAUGCAGUUCACCAACAGCGUCGGCUAUAAUAUGCAACAGACGCAGCCGUAUAUGGGCUCCCGGCCAAUACCAGUUACCGAACUAUAG